GGCGACGACGAUGGGGCCGGGGCGCUGUGUGGCGCGGCGCCUCGGCACGCUGCUGUGGCGUAGGGCCCUCUUUCCGGGAGCAGGGCUAGCGGCAAGCGCGGGGCCCCGGCUUCAGCUGCUGGCCGUGGGGCGGUUUCCAACGGGACCAGGGCUCGGCCAGGCCUGCCUGGCCCCCGACCGUGCGCGCGGCCUGCAUGGCGGGCCAGGCGUGGAGGAGCUGGCGGAGCGGGCAGCCGGCGAGGGGCGCCCCGAGUCAGGCACAGCAGAUCAUACUGGUCCCAAGUUUGACAUCGAUAUGCUGGUUUCACUUCUGAGGCAAGAAAAUGCAAGAGACAUUUGUGUGAUCAAAGUUCCUCCAGAAAUGAAAUAUACAGAUUACUUUGUGAUUGGUAGUGGAACUUCCACCCGACACUUACAUGCCAUGGCCUACUACAUUGUGAAAAUGUACAAAUACCUGAAAUGUAAAAGUGAGCCUCAUGUUAAGAUCGAAGGGAAGGACACUGAUGACUGGCUGUGUGUGGACUUUGGCAACAUGGUGAUUCAUUUGAUGCUUCCAGAAGCCAGAGAAACCUAUGAAUUAGAGAAAUUAUGGACCCUACGUUCUUACGAUGACCAGUUAGCUCAGAUAGCACCUGAGACAUUACCUGAAGACUUCAUUCUUGGAAUAGAAGAUGACACUUCAUCCCUGACUCCAGUAGAGGUCAAAUAUGAAUAAAAUGAUAUAAACUGCUUUAGUCA